AAAGCUUGGUUUAAGUGCCCUAUGUUUUUUUCGUUAUAGGAUACAGCAGCAGUUUUUCCACUUCAUAAACAUAAUGGUACCUUCUAAAAAAACAUGACUCAAGUCAUGUGAUGUGACUAUAUAAACAGGGAAGUGAACAUCCAUUUGUGAAAUAUUUCAGUCGUAAAUAUUUUAAGCUGUAAGUAACUUUCUUUCUGCAACUAAUCAUGAUGAAGUGUGGCGGUACCGCCGAGGUAAAGGAUGCCACACCCGAAGUGCAGCAAAUCUGCGAUGAGGUGAGCAUAUUUCCUUAAUUUAUCCUGCAUAGUCCAGCUGUCCCAUAGCUGAGGAACGCUCAGCUCCGUUUUCGAGGCGGAAAACUAGUCGCGCGAUUUGCUAGGAACCACAUGGACUUACCAUAAGUUGAUACUUGUAAAAGUAUAAAUUCUGUAAACGCUUACCUGUACAACUGCGGUCCUUCUGCGGGGUGCUGACAUUCACUUUUAAUAACUUAAAAACGAAUACAAUCACCGACUUUUUAAUCAUUUGUUGCUUAACUCUGCGCGAGAGUGCCAAUUGAAUCGCAGUUACUACGUCAAGGCCGCUACGUCUCCAUAUGAGUAACACAAAUUAGGAAAAAAUCGAUGGUGGUUUUCGAUAGAAGUAUUUAUUAAAAGUAUGAAUUUCAGCACCCUGCGGAAGGACCGCUGUUGUACAGGACAAACAGCUGCAGGUAAACUUUUUCAGAAUUGUGAUUUUUACAAGUAUCGACUGAUGGUGACUGAAUGUUGUUGCUAUCAAAUCGCGUGACCAGUUAUCAAUACUCAACUCCGCCUUGAUAUAAGAUAAUGGAGUUGAACGUUCCUCAGCUGUCCCACUGAACAUCCUCAAUUUUUAAGAGUUGAUACUCAGACUUGAUGAAGGUGUAAUCUUAAACCUAGACGUUGUUGAAUAAUCAGCUCUACAGUGUUAUGUUAUAUAUGGUCUCUGGUAUUAUGGUAAAUGUCCAACUUAUAGGCCUGUAGGCGUGCAUUUGCGUAGGCUAUUUGGAGUAAAUGUGGAAUGCUGUGGGAACAACUGAGUCAUUGCCUUACUGUAUUUUAAAUGUUUCUAGAUGAAGCCAUAUGCAGAGGAGAAAGCUGGAAAGAAGUUUGAUGUUUUUGCUGCCAAAACAUUCACAACACAAGUUGUGGCGGGGACCAACUUCUUCAUUAAAGUGAGAGUGUUUAAUUUAAAUAUAAUUUCUAGCCAAUUUUUUUGCUAAACUAAAUGUCUCCAGUUCCACUCAACGAUAUUUAUUAACCCUAGAUGACUGACAGGGGGGCGCUCUUGUGAAGCUGCUGCACAACAAUUUUGGUACUCCUCAAUUGUAAAUCAAAAUAAAGAUUUAGGAAGCUAUAAAAGAAAUGCAUUGAUUUGUUUGACUAAUAUAUUAGACACCUUAAUGCAUAGGCCUUCUUUUAAAUUAUAUUAAGGGAACUGAACAUUUAACAUAAAAAAAAUAAAAAAAAUCCUUAAAUUCCUGAACCAUUUUUUUUAGAGUACCAAUGUUACUGUCCCCACUACAACAAAUACAUUAUUUUGUUUUCAAGCUCUGUGAGAGCUGUGACAGCCUGCCACACCCUCACAGCCCCUGUGUGGGGUUCAAAGCAUUUGGCUGCAUCAAGAAUGUAUAGGGAGUGAACCAGAGGCGGAUGGUGGCACCUUAAUUGGGGAGGACAGGCUCAUAGUAAUGGCUAAAACAGAAUGAAUGGAAUGGUAUCAAACGCAUGAUGUGGUUGAUAUCAUUCCAUUUACUCCAUUCCAGCCAUUAUUAUGAGCCGUCUUCCCCUCAACAGCCUCCUGUGGAGUGAACAUGUACAUACUGGAAGAGCUAUGUGAUCUCUAAAUAAACAGAUCAUUACUCAGUCUCGACUCCCCAUCCGCUAUGCUUCACUAACCAGGCCCUAUUCCUUCCUUCCUUCCUUUUCUCAAAGGUCCAUGUUGGUGGAGAUGAAUUUAUGCACCUGCGGGUCCAUAGAACUCUACCCCACGCUGGCGGGAAACUGGAGCUUCAUGGAGUACAGACUCCCAAAGCUCACCAUGACCCCAUUGGUUUCUUCUGAUUACCUGUAACUCCCUGCAGAGGAUGCCACACCUCUACUCCAUGCCUGGAUCAUGUGUACCCUUGUUUAUUAUGGUCACCUGUACUGCAUUAUAUACUUCCAUUGGUAAAUGUCUGUCUUUGGUACUAAAAGCUGUCUAAACCUUUUGACAAAAUGGCUUUUGUUAGAACAUAAAUACAAAUUUGACAGCCGACUGUUGUUUUUGUCAAUCUAUGCGGAGGUUAGUAGCCACUAACAUGUUUCUCAUGAUUGCAUGGUACAUUUCGGGGAGGAGAGAUUGUCAGUAGAUAUAUAUAUUUUUUUCUCUCUGAAAGUUUAAAUAAAGGAAAAGAAAGGGGGAUACCUAGUCAGUACAACUGAAUGCAUUCAACUGAAAUGUGUCUUC